AUGAAUUUCAAUCGAAGGACACCUUAUUCAUAGAGAGGGAUCAUUCCCAGCGGCCCGUUGAUGGCUAUGUGAUGAGCUGAAGAAGAAGAAGAAGAAGAAGAAGAAGAAGAAGAGAAAGACGGCCUUAGGGCCGAUCACAGUCAUGGCGUCCUGAACCCUAAAUUCUAGACAGAGGAGAAGAAACAAUCCUAGAGAGAGAAACACAACCUUACAAUGGGGAAGAACCCUUUCUCCUUCCGCCGGACCAGCGCUCGCCGCCGAAUUAAAAAGACUCCGGAGACUCCCCCUCCUACGCCGCCGCCGCCGCCGACCAUCGGAACCAACAAUAACAACAGCUUGAUCGCAGCCGCCGCCGCCGCGGGUGGUAAGGGGAAGAAGAAGACGGGAGGUGCUCGGCUGUGGAUGCGGUUCGACCGGUCGGGUCAGUCGGAGCUCGUGGAGUGCGACAAGAGCACCAUCAUUCGCCGCGCCUCUAUUCCCGCCCGGGAUUUGAGGAUCCUUGGCCCUGUCUUCUCUCACUCCUCCAAUAUCCUUGCCAGGGAGAAGGCCAUGGUGGUCAACUUAGAAUUUAUAAAGGCGAUAGUUAUGGCGGAAGAGGUGCUAUUGCUUGAUCCUCUUUGUCAGGAGGUUCUUCCUUUUGUGGAUCAGCUAAGGCAGCAACUUCUUCAUAAGAACCCAAUUCAAAUCGCUGGAGCGGGUCAUUUUGAUGAACAAGAAAAUGAAAUGCAGGAUUUAACAAGCAGACAUUGGUUGCCUGUUCCAGAGGCCGUCGAAGGCCUGCAGUGUGAGCUUCCAUUUGAAUUUCAGGUUCUUGAGAUUGCAUUGGAGGUUGUCUGUACGUACUUGGAUUCCAAUGUGGCAGACCUUGAAAGAGAAGCUUACCCUGUUUUGGAUGAAUUGGCUAGGAAUGUCAGCACUAAGAAUCUUGAACUCGUGCGCAGUUUGAAAAGCAAUCUUACUCGUUUGCUUGCUCGUGUACAAAAGGUGAGGGAUGAAAUUGAACACUUAUUGGAUGACAAUGAGGAUAUGGCUCAUUUGUACUUGACAAGGAAGUGGAUCCAGAAUCAACAGUCUGAUGCUUUAUUGGGAACUUCUGUUUCUAAUAGCAUCAACACUAUUACGCCUCAUCUUCCACGAAUUAGUUCUAAAAGAAGUGGGAGUUUGGUGAGCAACCACUUGGAUGAUAAUGAUGUAGAGGAUCUUGAGAUGUUGCUUGAGGCCUAUUUUAUGCAGCUGGAUGGAACCCGUAACAAGAUAUUGUCUGUCCGGGAGUACAUUGAUGAUACAGAAGACUACGUCAAUAUCCAACUCGACAACCAGCGAAAUGAACUCAUUCAGCUCCAGUUGACAUUGACAAUUGCAUCAUUUGCUAUAGCAGUCGAAACGUUGAUGGCAGGAUUGUUUGGCAUGAACAUCCACUGCACUUUGUAUGACAAGGAAGGUAUUUUCGAGCUUUUCGUUGGAGGUAUUACUGCAGGUUCUGUACUGCUUUUCCUACUUGUUUUAGGGUAUGCUCGAUGGAAGAAGCUGCUUGGUUAAUAAGUAUACUUAAUCAUCUCUUAUUUUGUUUAUAACCUGUAAAAUUACGAUUUUAAUUUAUCGACCCACAAGUUGGCUUUGACGAUUGAAUAUUGCUAUUUGGGGCUGGCAGAUCUAUUGCUUAUGCUACAUCUUAAGAGUGAAUUAAUGAAAAAAGUUUGUUAUGCUUCUGAUA